AUGAAUGCCUUUAUCAAACUAGUAUUUCUGUUUAUUUUAUCAAUUGCAUUAUUUCGCUCAACAAUAUCGGCACAAUUUGAACGACAAGAAUUUGUCAAUUUAGAAAAUGAUGGUGAAGGUGAUAGUCAAGAAAAUGUUGAAAUUUUACGUCGAUCCCUAUUCGAAAAUCCAUUUGAUUUAUACCGACGACUUAACAGACAAGAACAACAAGCAGAUAAACGAAAAUCAAAUCGACCAUUUACAAUUGCGUUUCCAGCUCUAAUUCGAACAAAAAAACGAGUAAUGUAA